UACAAAUAAAUAUCAACACUUUUAGUAAAAUAGUGCGAUAGCAGCAGUGUCAGAAAUACUUCACUGCACGAAUAAAUUCGUCAAGCGCCGUUUAACAGUUCUCUGUUAUUAGAUUUAUUUAGUUUUUGCAUGCGUUUAAAUUAAUAAUAAAAUUAAUAAAUUUGGUGGAUUUUAAAAAGGACAACGAAUAGAGCAUCAUGAACUACGAAAAAUUUCUUACCACGAUAACGAAAAAGAGGAAACCAAAUUUAAUUAGGCAUCUCACGGCAGCAUCCUUAAAAAAUCCAACAGCGUUGAACUUUGCUGGCGGUAUGCCGAAUACAGCGAUGUUUCCGUUCAAAGAAAUAUCUGUCACUUACAGCGAUGAUAUGAGGAAAGUAUUGACAGGCACCGAUUUAUUUUCAGCUCUACAAUAUGGGCCCACAGCCGGAUAUCUACCGCUGCAAAAAAAGUGGCGUGAAUUUCAGUGCAAAUGGCACUCGCUUCAGUACGACAAUUGGGAUGUGUGCUUCACUACGGGCUCGAUGGAGGGCUGCAGCAAGAUAUUGGAAAUGAUAAUCGAAAAGGGAGAGCCGCUGAUGCUCCAGUCGCCGACGUUCGUCGGCAUCAUCGGCACGGUGGUACCUAUGCAGAGCGACUUGAUACCAAUCCGCAUGGACGACGACGGGGCCUUGCCCAACGAUAUCGUUAACGCGUGCGAGGAGAGGAUCAAAAGCAAUAGGCCGUUACCUAAGCUCCUGUACGUGAAUCCAACUGGCGCGAAUCCAGUUGGGACGGUAUACACCAACGAGCGCAAGGAGAAAAUUUACAAGCUCGCUCAGAAAUACGACUUUUUGAUAUUGGAGGACGAUCCUUACUACUUCCUGCACUUCCUCGACGAGAAUCCGCGCUCUUUUCUGUCGAUGGACACGGACGGCCGGGUCUUGCGACUCGACUCCUUCAGUAAGAUCAUCAGCGCGGGUUUGCGCCUCGGGGUUGUUACCGGACCGCAGCCGCUCCUCGAGAAACUCGCUCUGCACAUCAAUUGCUCCACCAUUCACGCCUCGGCGCUAUCUCAAAUGCUCGUAUAUUCGCUCUUAAGCUCGUGGAACGAUGAUGACGUACAGGCACAUUUCACGAAGAUUCAAAAGUUUUAUCGAGAUAAGCGCGAUAUAAUGUUAAAGGCUAUCGAGAAGCACUUCACAGGUAUUGCGGAAUGGUCGGUACCAAGGGGCGGAAUGUUCGUGUGGCUGAAGAUAACCGUAUUGGAAGACACGUACGACUUGGCAAUGAUUAAGUGCAUGAUGCAGGACCUUUACAUUCUGCCGGGGCACUGCUUUUAUCCAAAAAAUGACGAGACUUGCCAAUACCUACGGCUGGCCUAUAGUCAUAUUAAAUCCGAAGUCGUUGAAGAGGCCAUUUCAAAAAUAGCAGCAAUUAUAAGAAGCACAGCGGCAAAUAAAUAAUAUGAUAUAAAGUGUGGAUAAAAUCAUCUUUAUUUAAACUCAAUGUUAAUAUUUUAGUUUAUUUCAAUAUGUAUGAAACAUAAACAUUAAAUAGUUGAUGAUGAUAGAAAUAUUACACAAAUAUGACCAAUCAGUCUUAGUUAGACAAAUAAUUAAAAAUUCUCU